AUGACGAGCCUCAACAUUACGACCCUGAAGACGAACAAUGGUCCGGGUAUCACCAUUAAAAAUAAUAUCACAAAGAGACAAUUUUGGAUUUAUUGCUCUCCCCAAUGGUGGGCUGUCGAUUUGAGGCCGGAGGAUUUUACUCCUCCUCUGCAGGCCCCUAAUUUCCAUGUAACCCUUUGUUAUGACUCCACUGGAGCUUCCACUGAGCUGUUAGCCGCCUUUGCUCCCUUUCUAGGGUCGACUGUCACUGAUACCAUUACAGGACACAUUGAAGGUAAGGAGGGAUCAGCCUUCUUGGUGGACGUUCCCGUCCACCUCUGGCACCAACCAGGUUUAGUUUCUCCCCAUAUCACCUUGUCUGUGAAGAAGGGAUAUAAAGCAAAGACCCUGGGAUUCUUAGCUCACCGCUUACAGCAGCAGUCAGACCCCAGUGUCACUGAUAUGCCCCAACAACUGACCGAGGGGAGCUUAACUUAUUAUUCUAGCCCUUUCACUGUAAUGGGCCCACUCUGCCACCAUCAACCCCAACACGACCCUUCGGAAGAACCCUUUCCCGAUCUCUGGUCGAUCUCUAAACAUGAAGUAGGAUGCACCCCCGUGGAGCCUAUAAAGAUCCAGAUUAUACCAGGAACGAAACUGCCUUCAAUACCUCAGUACCCCCUAAGGCCAGAGGCAGUAGAAGGGAUAACACCCUUGAUUGAGUCGUUCCUCCAGCAAGGCGUUCUAGUUCCCUGCCAAUCGCCCUGCAAUACCCCCAUUCUACCUGUGCCAAAACCAGGAUACCCGGAAUGGAGAUUAGUGCAGGAUCUCAGGCAGAUCAACAAAAUAGUCCAGCCUUUACACCCGGUUGUGCCGAAUCCUGCGACGAUUCUUAGCAGCAUCCCCGCCAAUGCCUGUGUUUUCACCCUAGUUGACUUACAGCAUGCUUUCUUUGCUAUCCCUCUAGCAGCAGAUUCCCAAUAUUUGUUUGCCUUUACCUUCAAGGGCCAGCAGUACACUUGGACGCGCCUCCCUCAGGGAUUUGUCCAUUCGCCCACCUUAUUCUCCCAGGUAUUGCACCGGCAGCUUUCAGAGCUUUGGCUCCUUUACGGCUCUACCAUUGUCCAAUAUGUUGAUGACUUGCUCCUAGCUAGCUCUUCGGAAUCUGCUAACAUUGCAGAUACCAACCGUCUCCUGAACGGUCUCCAUUCUUGGGGGUAUGUCAUACCGCACACCAAGGUUCAGCGCCAAGUCAAAUUCCUGGGAACUUUGCUCAGUACUUCUGAUAGGCAAUUAACCCCGGAACGUAUCGCACCCAUCCUAGCGACCCCUCUGCCCACUAGCCCCAAGCAAAUGCGUGCCUUCUUAGGCUUAGUUAACUACUGCCGACAGUGGCUCCCUAACGUAACAUUACUCACCAAGCAGUUAACCUCUUUGGCCUCAAGCAAGGCUCCAAAGAUCUUCAGCCUAUCGGAAGAGCAAAGGUCAGCCUUCACUGAGUUAAAAACGGCGUUGUAUGCCAGUAUCCUAGAGGACUGUGCAACCGCUGUUUUAACCCAAACCCACGGGGGUUGCAGGAGACCAGUGGCCUACUACUCGACUCGUCUUGACCCUGUAGCCAUGGGUCUCCCACCUUGCUCACAAAUUCGUCCCGCUAUCUACUCCCUUGUAACGGCCGCUUCCAAUAUUACUCUCCAGCAACCCCUGAUGGUCUAUUCGUCACAUGCUAUUGUAGCCCUCCUGACUUCCCAUCAGACCCAACAUCUUACACAGGCACGACUAAGUUGCUAUGAGGUAAAGUAUGCCUUCGGACCACCAUCACAAGCGACGGAUCAGAGCUCAGACGACCAGAAUGAACCCCCCAGACUACAAACGGGAGACCUCGUGCUGAUCAAAGACUGGGAUCGCCCCAAGCUCGGACACAGGUGGAAAGGACCAUUCCAAAUACUUCUCCAAACUCUGAAUGCGCUUAAAGUCAAAGGGCAGAAUCGCUGGAUCCACCUAAGUGACUGUAAACAAUGGGACCCUCAGAUGGCCUAA